UUUAAGUCGAAAUUAGACUUCUUCAAAAUAAAUAAAAAUAAAUACCAAAUUUCGGCAAUUUUAAAGCAAAAGUAAAUCUAGAUUGAAUGAUUGACCUCCAUCCACAGGUGCAGGAUUCUGUUUAGCUAUUGUGAUAUUAUAUUACAAAGAAUAACAGUUUGAAAGUGUUUAAUUUUUUCUAUUUGUUCCUGGUCUUUGGGUCUUUUCCUCAACUUUGUUGCCAUGGCUGCACUAAUAAAGAAUGCAACAAAAUUCACUGUGGUUGGUGGUGCUGUGUACUGGUCUGCCACUCAAGGUGUGUGGGGAACCUGUGAUGAAGGGGCAGAGGUAGGGAGGCGCUUAACUAAAUCUGUCUGGUUGACAACACUGGAGCAGACACCUAAGGUUGAAACAGUUCAAACUAACGUGUUGGAUCCAGUAGCUAAAAACUGGAAUGCUGGUAUAACCUUCCUAUUUAACGGUGCUGCCAAUCUGCCAGAUUUAUGUAAAAAUUACAGUUCUAAGAUCCAGGAGACCAUUAAAGAAUUAGCAUCUGGUCAAAAGAGUGCCUGAUAGUCAAUGAUACCUGUUAUUUAUGAUAAACAAUGUUUCAAAUGUUUUAUUUCAAAUUACUAGUGUACAUUUAAACAAUGUUUCAAAUGUUUUAUUUCAAAUUACUAGUGUACAGAAUAAUUGUUUGCAGCUUAUGAAAAAAAAAGAAAAAAAUACAACAUGUAGUAUAAUUAUUACUUGUAAGAUAAUUUAAAGAAUCAUAUAUUAUAACUUGUACAUAUUGAUUCCUACCUGGUAAACAUUGCAUAAUUGUGGUAAUGCACUUGUUAGUAUUCUGUAAUCAUUUCAUAGACAUUUCUAGGUACAAAAGAAAGUAGCAGUUGUUCAAAAUAAUUUUUACUUGAUAAAAGUGGAAGAAAAAAAAUUGUAAUUGCCUGUUUGUUGUGAAUGGAUCAAAUCUUAGGAUAACUGCCAUUCUAUUAACAUUGAAAUCAAAUUUAAUAGUUGUUUAAACUAAAUGAGACAUUAAUUUCUAACAUUGUUAUGUGCAUUCGUGAUGAUGAGGUUAAAAUGGAAAAAUUAUCCAUUUUUAAUGUACAGCUUGAUUCAGCACCUAAUUUAUUACAUGGUUGAUGAAAAACUG